AUGCUGGCUGGGGGCGCUACCCUGGUAGUGCAGCAGCCGGCACGCUCCGAGCGGAGACACCUGCGCAGCACAGUGGCUUCUGCUGCUGCCGCCGCCAGGCCGCCACGCGUUGGGCGGCCCAGCAAGUCGGCUGCCAAGCACGAGGCCAAACAGUUCCAGGAUCUGGCGCGCCAGCUGACUCGACUUACCGAGAAGCAGCUGGUGCGGUUGCAGCCGCUGGUGGGGGAGCAGGUGGUGGAUGCCGUGGGGCUGGCCGCCCGCAUCAGCAACCGCAAUCAGGGGAGGCAGCGACAGGAGAGCCUGGUGGCCAAGCUGCUGCGGGAGUCGGUGAUAGCCACAGAGGUGACACAGCUGCAGGCGGCCGUCGAGAGCGUACGGACAGGCCAGGGUAUCAUUGCCAAUCCAGCUGCUGAGCAGCAGGUGCAGCUCUGGCUUCAGGCGUUGCUAGCCGACGACGUAGCCGCCGCAACGCAAGCGUUUGGGCUGGCACAGAGCAGCGGCGCCGACCUGCAGCAGAUACGGCAGCUGCUGCGCCAGGCGCAGCAGACUGAGGUGCAGCCACCGCCUGCAGCCACAGCCCCCCCAGCAGAUGCAGCAGCUGUUCCGCCCGCGUCGCGGCCUACUGCCAAGGCGCUGUCGGCCAGGAAGCAGCUGCGCAAACUGCUCCAGCUGCUGGCGGAGCACGCAGCGGCAAAGGCUGCUGAGGAUGAGCAGUAG